AUGUUCGGUCAGGCCAGAGGAUUGGCUUGGGGAACCGUGAAGUUCUUCUCCUGGUCCUCCAACCUUUGGUUCAGGCCGACGGCGAAGACCAUGACGCUUCGCAACCUCCAGAAGGUUCUCUGUGUGGCAGAGAAAAAUGAUGCAGCCCGUGGGAUUGCAGACAUCCUUUCGAACAGCAGGAUGAGGAGGAGGGAAGGAAUGUCCAAGUUCAACAAGAUCUAUGAAUUCCAGUAUCACUUGUUUAACCAGAAUGUGACUUUGAUUAUGACAUCUGUGUCCGGACACUUGCUGACUCAGGAUUUCAAGGCACCAUUUCGGAAAUGGCAUAGCUGUAACCCCUUGGUCCUUUUCGAUGCAGAAAUUGAGAAAUUCUGCCCUGAAAACUACAUGGACAUUAAGCGCACUCUUGAGCGAGAGGUUCAGCCGUGCCAGGCCCUGGUGAUCUGGACCGAUUGUGAUCGCGAAGGGGAGAACAUUGGCUUUGAAAUCAUUCACGUGUGUAAAGCAGUGAAGCCAAACCUGCAGGUGUUCCGAGCCCGCUUCUCGGAGAUCACACCCCGGGCUAUCCAGUCCGCUUGCGAGAACCUCACCCAGCCAGAUCCGAACACCAACGAUGCUGUGGAGGUGAGGCAAGAGCUGGACCUCAGAAUAGGUGCUGCCUUUACCCGGUUCCAGACCUUGAGGCUUCAGAAGAUCUUCCCGGAGGUGUUAGCAGAACAGCUCAUUAGCUACGGCAGUUGUCAGUUCCCCACCCUGGGCUUUGUGGUGGAAAGAUUCAAAGCUAUUCAAGCCUUCGUUCAAGAAACAUUCUACAAAAUUAAAGUGACUCACGACCACGAAGAAGGUACUGUGGACUUCAGCUGGAAGAGGCACCGUCUCUUCAACCACACGGCGUGUCUUGUCCUCUACCAGAUGUGCAUGGAGGAUCCUCAGGCCACCGUUGUGGAGGUUGGAAGCAAACCCAAGAGCAAAUGGAGACCUCUGCCGCUGGACACGGUGGAACUUGAGAAAUUGGCUUCCCGUAAGCUGAAAAUAAAUGCCAAGGAAACCAUGAAGAUUGCCGAGAAGCUGUAUACCCAAGGGUACAUAAGUUACCCCCGAACAGAGACCAACAUUUUCCCCAAAGACCUAAACCUCUCCCAGCUGGUGCAGCUUCAGACUCAAGACCCCCACUGGGGAGCCUUUGCGCAAAGGAUCCUGGACCAAGGCAGGCCAACCCCACGGCAGGGGGCAAAGUCAGAUCAGGCUCACCCUCCCAUUCACCCCACCAAAUACGCCGGUAAUUUGCAGGGCAACGAGCAGCGCCUGUAUGAAUUCAUCGUCCGCCACUUCCUGGCCUGCUGUUCCGAAGAUGCGAAGGGGCAGGAAACCACGGUGGAGAUCGAUAUAUCCUACGAGCGCUUCGUGGCUCACGGGCUGAUGAUCCUGGCCAGAAAUUACCUGGACGUUUACCCUUACGAAAGGUGGAGUGACAAGGUUAUCCCCCUCUACGAGAAGGGCUCCUGCUUCCAACCCACCACUGUGGAGAUGGUGGAAGGGGAGACCAGCCCGCCCCAGCUGCUCACCGAAGCUGAUCUCAUUUCCCUGAUGGAGAGACACGGCAUCGGAACCGACGCCACCCACGCGGAACACAUCGAGACCAUCAAGUCCCGCAUGUACGUGGGGCUCACCCCGGACCAGCGCUUCCUUCCGGGACACCUGGGGAUGGGGCUGGUGGAAGGCUACGACUCCAUGGGCUACGAGAUGUCCAAACCGGAUCUUCGAGCCGAACUGGAAAACGACCUGAAGCUGAUCUGCGAGGGGAAGAAGGACAAGUCCGUCGUGCUCCGAGAGCAGAUCCAGAAAUAUAAGCAAGUCUUUGUGGCCGCCGUGGCCAAGGCUAAAAAGUUGGAUGAGGCUUUGGCUCAGUAUUUUGGGGAGAUGACCCAGGUGGCACAGGAGGAUGACAUUUACCCAGCGAUGCCCGAUCCGGUUAGGAAAUGCCCGCAGUGCAACUCCGACAUGAUCCUGAAGACCAGGAAGAACGGAGGCUUCUAUCUCAGCUGCUUGGGCUACCCUGCUUGUAAAUCCUCGGUCUGGUUUCCUGAUUCCGUGCUGGAAGUCAGCAAGGAUGAUUCUGUCUGCGACGUCUGCAGGCCGCCCCCGGUGCAUCGGCUGAAACUGAAGUUCAAGCGAGGCAGCCUCCCGGCCGUGAUGCCUCUCCAGUUUGUGGGCUGCAUCGGUGGCUGCGAUGAAAACCUCAGGCAGAUCCUAGACCUGAAGUACCUGCAAGGACCAGCCAGGGUUCCAGCCCAGCCGAGGAAUCUCCCCAGCGAAGCCCCUGGCUCCCUCAGUGGCGUGAUCCACGGCCGUGGCCAGCGCGUGCUUGCUCGGGCACCCCCUCCUGCCCCCGCACACAGGACUCCUCCAGCGCUCGCCAAUGAGGACGAGAACAAUGCCGUGGUGUGCAAUUGUGGCCAGGAGGCCCUGCUUCUCACCGUCCGCAAAGAAGGGCCCAACCAAGGCAGGCAGUUUUACAAAUGCAACACGGGCAGCUGCCGAUUCUUCCUGUGGUCUGACCAGCAGGAGCCCAGCAACGGGACAUCUGGGCUCCUGGCACCGCCCCCCAGCUCUUCCCUGCCAGGGCAGAGAACCGCAGCAGGGCCCAGGAGGGUGGGCUCCAAUCCCGGAGCCAGCGCUGGCCGAGGAAGCCCUCUCUGCAGGUGUGAGCAGCCUGCGGUGUCCAGGACGGUCCAGAAAGAAGGACCCAACAAGGGGCGCCAGUUCCACACCUGCUCCAAGCCGAGGGAGCAGCAGUGCGGCUUUUUCGAGUGGGCAGAUGAGAGCGUGUUGCCAGCUCCCUCCACCUUCCCUUCUAGCCAUUUUGGGGGCGAGUGGGCCAAACGGGGCCCUGGGGCCAAAGCGAAAAGAUCAGACAGCGAUUCCUCUUUGACGGCACCUCUGAAGAGACCACGGACGUGCAGCGUUUGCCACCAGCCUGGCCACACCAAGACCACGUGUCCACAAAAUCACUGA